AGAAAGAAGCGGAGCAACGUAAAGCUCCGAACUAUUCUUAGUUGUUGUUGUUGUAGGCUCCUUGUAGUGCCGGGUUUUUAAUUUUUCCUUGGAGGGACCCUUCUCCUUCAGUGGCGCUGCGUCAUCACGGACUAAUAAUUUAACGUGCGCGAGCGUUAAAAAGACUGAAGCGACGGCGUCUCCUCACAUGACCGCACAUCAGGCAUAUUCUCUGUUUGUGUAUAUAUACACAAUAAUUAGUAAGUUCGCAUGAGUCAGUGCUUCAAGUGUAAGCAAGGCAUCGGCACCGUCGUCAGCCGCGACGGUCCCAAAACGCUCUACUGCACCGACUGCUUCCUUCACUACUGCACCGGCGCCGUGCGUGAGAACGCACUUCAGCAAUGCUGCUUAGCGAGCCACACGCCGCUAGCCGUCGCCGUGUCAGGCGGUCCAAACUCGCUGCUGCUGCUGCGUGAGUUAGGGCAGCUGCGACGCAAAAUGCAAAGCCAGUACCAUCGGCAGCAGCCUCCGCACCUUCACGAUCGCGACAACAAGGCCGGGGCUCCUGCGUUGUUGUCUUCCUCGACUGUGUCGGCAGGGGCCGCCUUUGACCUACUGCCCUUCCACUUGUGUGAGGCACAGCUAGUCAUCCCACCUCCCCUGCCUACCCCACCCGUUACCACCGCCGCAUCCGCAGAGGCAACGCAGUUUCCUGCUACCUCCAGCGUCCGUCGCGCUGCGGUGGAGCAGGUGCGUGCGUCGAUGCAGCUGCAAUUUGAUCUCCUGCGGAAGCUGGUGCAGCAGCAGCCACCCCGGUGGGUCUACCACGACGAAAUCCUCGAUGGAAAGAAAAAGAAAAGGCAGCAGCAGAGGAAGAAGAACACGAUGACGGCGGGGAGCGCGGAAACAGCAUCCGAGAGCCCGGCGGCUGACGCCACGACGGUGAGCACGGGAGGGACAAGGGAAGAGGAUGCCGUCUGUGCAACGCAGCCAUCGCCGUUCCUUUAUGAAAAGUCCGAAGUGCGUAUUUUCCAGUACAGUGACUUCCUUCCCCCCGUGUACAUGGCCGAGGUGCGCCACGCACUGCACGACGGCAGACUCUCUCUCACCGAUCGAGAAGCUCUCUACGACCGCGUAAAACAGCAGGUGCUCUGUCGCGCGGCGCAACGCGUGAGCGAUGAGUACCGCGAGAGGCCACGCGCAGCUAACGGCAACGGGAUCAACAGCAAGGGAGCAGACAACGAGGAUGAAGAGGGAGCUGCGCACCGCACGCGUUUCGCGACGCCUUCCCCUCGUGAAUGGUACCACCUCGUCUUGGGCGACAACGCCGCCCGUUGUGCUGUCGCGGCGCUGGCGGCGGUUGUGACGGGUGCGGGCGGCGACGGCGUUGUUCACGCCUCUGCCUUUCGCGGGCUGCUGCAUGACGUUGUGUGUCUCCGGCCGAUGCGGUCGCUGUUGCCCAAGGAGACGGUGUUGUGCGCCCGGCUGCACGGCAUCACCGGCACCUACACCCCCGCCCUACGCACCGGGACGUCGUUGCGGUCGAUGCACCAGGUGCUGGAGCAGUUCGUGGGCAUCAUGAUUGUGUCCUAUCGCACCAUGAUCUUCAACGUGCUCAACACCGCGCAAAAGCUGCAGGUGCACCCGCAGUCCAUUCAACAGCUCGUGCAGUUUGCUGGUCAGGUGCAGGACCGCGAGGAAGGCAACGGCAGGAAAGCGCUGCCAGGACGCACAGCACAGCAGAACCAACAAGAUUUGCGCGCGUUUCGGCCACCCGAUGUCGCUCACCGGCCUUCACAGCUGGCAACUGCCGCCAGCGCCUCUGCCACCACCGGAGACAACUCCAACGAGGGCGGCGCAGCGGCAGGAGUUGCUGUUCAGUGUUGCGUGUGCGGAUGCCCUGCCUCCGCGCCGCCGCCGCCACCGCACCGCAAAAGUGCAGCUGAAUGCCUUUCCUUCGCGGUGGAGAUGUUCCCCCUCGUAGAGCCACAACCCGGCAGCACGACAAAAGACAAAGCUGAGCACACGCCCUCGUCUACCGGCUUGGACUGUUUUGUUUGUUAUGCCUGUCGCAGCCUGCUGGAGGCGUUGCCGCCGUCUGCACUGCGCUCACCUGCUCCCACGGACCCACUCCGGGCAGUGUGCGGUCUUCUGUCUCAUUCAAGCGCCGCUGAAUCCCCCUCUCCGCAGCCACACUCGCCCUUCAUCGGCACUUGA